AUGGCGACGCGGCAGGUGCUACUCGGUGCCGGCAUGGACUUGAUGCCGAGCCUCAACUACGAGAGCCCGCUUAUCUUUCCCUUUCUCUCGGCCUUCCUCGCCAACCAAACAAAUUGGCAGCCGUCCCAGACGCCCGGUCUCUCGUUCGUCUACCUCGAUAGCACCGUGGACAACAGCGUCGUCUUGAACAACAGCGGCUGCCUCGCGCCAACGCCCGACGACGCGAUGCUUGACCCGCCCUUUCUCACAUUGCUCUUGCACAACCUGCUCGACAACCAGCGCGGAUGGCACGCCAUUAACCUUUCGCAGUACACGGUCCUCAUCGACUGCACCUUUGACGGUCGGCGCGUCCACGACAUCACGGCGCUCAAGGUCCACCUCUUGGACCCGGGGGGUGUCAACGUGACCACGAUCGCGCUGCAGACCAUGACGAUCGAUGGGCCGCAAAAGCAUGUUGUGAGCGCGUGCGGUGCCGCGUCCAUAGCGACAGCACCGCUGCGUGCGCUCGUGCAAGCCCCGACCUUGCCCCGCGCCACGUACCACCUCCUCAUCGGGAUCGAUUUCCCCUACCUUUUGGCGCCCUUUCAGCUGUUUACGGUGCGGGAUCCGACGCCGUCCAACGGGCGCUGGACCGGCACGCUGUCGCCCACGCACGAAGAAGUUUUGGUCUACGGGUCCGUGGGCCUCUACCGAGGGGCGAUGAACUCCCAAGGCAACUACGGCAUGUACAUCUGGGCAAUGGACAACGACCCGAGAGCGUCUCUGUCUACGAUUGCGUACUUCAUUUCGCCCUUUUGCGUCGACAGCUACGCGUGGGUGCGCUGCCUCCUUGGCAUGGGCGUCUCGCUCAACCUCUUUGUCAACAUGUUUGUGUCGGUCGUGAUCGUCUGCAACCGGUGGCGCUUCAGCCAAGUGCUCUGGAUCCCCGAUCUGUACCCGAGUAUCCAGCGACGCAUCCAGCUGCGCGCCAUCUUGCUCCUCGGCGUCACAAUUUCCAAUGAUUUUUGGCACAUUUUUGAGUUUUGCCUCCAGCGCGGCAACGCCCGGCUCGGCUUGAAUUACGGCUUUGUGCUCGACGCGAUGGUCCGCUCGGACGGCCUCACGUACGUGCUCUCGUUUGCGCUGACGCUUUGCGAUCUGCUGCACACGCGUGUCUGCCUCGACGUCCUGGUCGUUAUCUUUGCGAGCUGCUGGACCUUCCAAAGCGAGCUGCUUCAUCUUUGCAAAUGGAAGCUCACCGAGACGGACGAAUUUAUCCUCUCCAACUACGUUAGGGACAUUGUACCGAACCCGAAUGGGGUUAUGGCCCUCUGGGCAGCCCAUGAAAAUGCGCGAUCGCCGCUCUGCCUCUUUGUGACCGAGCUAACUUGGUUUUACAUUGCACUGCUCCUCACCUCUAUCUACGCAAUCGUUGCGAAGCGCUUGGCGCCAGCGCGGGAGACGCCCCAGCGAGUCCAGGUCGUCCCAUAUCUCUCACGCGAGCACAUACCGCAGCGCCUCCGGUCCGAUAUAUUCCAACUGGAGACGCAUCUCGUUGGCAAAUUGCAAGGGAUCGUGGCGCCAACCCUAACCACAUAUGUCGCCACGAGGGCAGAAGCGAGUGCAGUGCUGCCGGCCUCCAGCAUCUGGCUCCUCGGGUACCUCGUUGUCCGCGACACGUUUGUCAUCGAGAUCGCCGACUACCCUUGGUUAUGUAUCAACUUGAUACUUCGCCGGCGGUAUUUCUGCGUCUAUGGCUUUUGCGUCAUUGACGGCGCGUACACGAAUUCGGAUAAGACACUUCUCAACCUCGACGAUCUCCGACUGUGGGACGUCGUGUGGCGGCUCUCGCUUCAGCCGCUUGCGCUCCGCCCGUAG